AUGUUGUCGGUGGCCGGCAAGAGGGCCGUCAUCACCGGCGGAAGCCGGGGCAUCGGCCUGGCCAUUGCAAAGCGUUUCGCCGACGAGGGCGCGGCCUGCAUUCUUGUCGGCCGUCAUGAGAACUCUCUGGUCACAGCCGUCAGGACACUCCCCAAAGUUACCCUGCCCCACUCUUUCAUCCAAGGAGAUGUGCAGAGGACAGAUACUUGGGAGAGUCUAGUCGCGCAGCAUAACAAGAUUGACAUUCUCGUCAACGCGGCCGGACGCUCCCAGGAGACACUUCUCUUCAAGACAGGCUAUGACGACAUCUCUGACAUCCUCGCCAGUAACCUGGGCGGGACUGCAUUCGGCUGCAGAGCGGUCGGAAGGCUCAUGAUCAAGCAAAAGACAGGAUGCAUCAUCAAUGUCUCUAGCCUCAUGGCAACUAAGGGGGCCAAGGGGGCAUCGGUAUACGCCGCAUCCAAGGCAGGCUUGCUAGCACCGAAGAAGCACGGUAUCUAA